AUGGCGUCAAAUGAUACUACUACCGAGACCUCGACUUUGCGUCCGGGACCUACUCCCAUACCAUCCAAAGAUGGCAAUGGUAAGUGAGGAUUUAUUUUUUUUUUUGAAAAAACUUUUCGUUACAAAGCAAAAAAUGGCAAGAACUUUCUUUACAAAACAAAAUAUGGCAAUUUUUUUACAAAGCAUAAAAUGGCCAGAGCUUUCUAUACUAAUAUGCCAUUUCAGGUUACACAUGUUUGGAAGCGUAUUACGAAGUCAACUUCUGGACCUCAUUGAUGUUGGGCAUUCCAUUAGCUAUGAACAUGGUCACUUGUAUCUUGUACAUCUACAUUCUGUUCUUGUUCUUGGCGUUGAAGCGUGCUGGUGAACAUAUACAUUCAUGGUAAGGGUUUUCAAAUGAUUAUGGCCUUGGAAAGAAAGUACCUGUGCUUUUAACCUAUCUCUACUUCUUCCGCUAUCCUUAACAAUACCCUUACUCUUCGUCUUACCCCCUACUCCACUAUCUUAGCCUCUGUUCCUACCCUUACCUAUAUCUCAAGUUACUUUGCCUGAGGCAUGUUUGAACCAACUAAUGCCAUUCCUUUUUAGCACGAUGUGGUUGAGUCGUUCGGCCGUCCGCGUCGGCUUAGCCCCCACCAGCAAACAGGCUCUGCUUAAGUUCGCCAAAGAGAAGCCAGAGUUAGCAGCGAUCACAAAGGCUCUUCCUUAA